GUUUUUAUUGGGUACUUUGGUGUCUAAUUACAAAUAGGAGAGAUUAGUGGUGAUUAAGUGGUUAUUAUCAUGGUCAUAAUUUCUAUAUGCGAGAAAUUAGGGUUUAGGCUAUGUGACUAAUUCGUGUAUUUAAAACACUCUCAUUGUUUUAUAUCCAACAGACAACAAGAACAACAACAUAGCCAGAUAUAAUGCUGUCUUCACCAGCUUUUGCUGCAGCACGUUCUACUCUCGGUCGUCGUCUUCAUGCGAAGAGACUAUCUUCUUCUACUGGUCGAACCGCUGAUCCAGAGAUUCAUGCCCGUAACGAUGGAGACGAGCCUAGUCUUUUUCCAUCAGACCCCGAGGGUUUGGAUGAUGUAGCGAACCCGAAGACUCCAGCGGAUGAGGAUGUACCGGAUAUUCGACCACCCGGUUUUGUAAAGGAACCGCUUUCUCCGCCAAAAAAUCCCAGAGAUACUUCACACAAGCUUGAAUCUACUCCCGUUGGUCUACCUGCAGAUCUCAAUUUCCAACAGAAACGAAAUUAAUAGCAGCAAACGCCUUAGCCGUUAUGGCCUUCUAGAUCAUUCAGAAAUGCUUACUUUUGAUUAGCUUUGAGAAUAAAAUUUAAUUAAAUACACUCUCUACUUUAACUUCUUCGGAUUAAAGAAACUACUUUACUCUAUAUUUGAAAUGUGUUGUGUCUUCGUACUUUUGAGUUUAUGAGAUUAUGCACUAAAGAUUUGAUUCGAGCAUAAAUGAUGAAUUGACGAUAAGACAGUUUUCACAUGGUCCAAAAGGGUUUUGAUUUUGUUCUUCACCAAGAUUCCUUAUAUAUGUUGUAUUCAUCCUUACAAGCUGUAAAUUUUAAAGAGAAUCACAUUCCAAAGUUGAUAUUGAUGAGAUCUUAGAAUAGUAUAGAAAGAGAGCUUUUUUGGGUGCAACAUAGAACCAAAAAAAAACAUUUUAAGAAAAUCACAAGACUUUUGUGCACUCUCUUCGUCCGCCUUUGAAAAACUAAUUCUUCCAUAUACUUAACGCACAUCCUCUUUGUGUUUUCACCCUGAACAGACUUGGGUAAAGCGUAUGUGGGAACCUUGUGUAUCCACUUUGGUGAGACUGUGGAGUGGUAGUUGUUGCGUUGGUGCUCAUGGAGGUAGGACAUUUAUGUGGAUGGCGUGAGAUUGUUGAGGACGACGACGGGUGUUGUGAGUUAGUUGAAGUAAGAGGUCUUUGGUAUCAGUUUGGUGAAACAGGGCGGCUCUCAAGUCACGAUGAGCUAGUGCUUGUUGUUGUUGUUGGGUCCUCGUCUUCUGACAUGAGAGAGUAUUGUAAUUAAUGGAAAAUCAUCCCUGGACCCUGGUGUUACGUACGACACAUGAAUCAGAUAGUUAUAUUGGAAAGUUGACAACCAUAUGCAACAUCAAAUACUCCACUCCAAAGUCUUAAAUAGAAAGAGCAAAAUAUAAAGAGCAUGCUUAAAUCUUCUGGUAUCAAAUUGUUUCAAACAUGAUCAAAAUCACUGCUUAAAGACGGCGUUUGGAGCAAAAUCUUUUAAAUGCGACAGUUACAAAGAUAAUAACGGUUGGCUACGCGGAAAACAUACUUGCUCUUGUUGUUUUCUUUGCAGAACUAAUGGUCUUUACUCAAGAUCACAUACAUUUUUGCAACUUUACUCAAAACUAAGUGGUAAGAAAACUGUAAGAGUAUAAUUCAAUUUGAUGUGUCAAUAAUUCAAUAUAAUAUUGUCACAUUUUAGU